GGAAUAGACUGAGAAUAUAUGGAACAAUAACUUCCUAGCUUUAGACGUAACAAAAUCUUCAGUUCACCACCCCGGGCUGAUCCAACCAGACCGACCGGGUGUACCUUAAGAGCCUCCUCGAGUUCACACAUCCGGGAUACAAAAUGACGGCGUCUACUGGCUGGCUGACGGGACCGGGGCCGGUGAGGGCGGGGCGCGUACCGCAAUAUCACUGAGGGCGGUCUGCAGGUCAUGGAUAAGUUUCCCUACAGAGCACACAGUGUUUUGGCUUUUGUCCCUGGCUGGGGUGAAAGGGGGGUUCUCGUUGGCCUGGUGGGUGGCAGUAACGACACGUUCGUCGGCUAUCUCUCAAGGUUUACUACAUCGCGAGGCCGGAGCGGUAUCAGCAGAAACCCACCGGAGACGCACCAACCAAUGCGCGGUUACCGCUUCCGUGUCAGCCGCAUCCAGCUUCCAAAUCUACCUCUACGGCGGUCAGAGCCCACAACCUUACGUAUGGCUACCUACCUCCCCUCAACCACCCUAGAACCUCACCCACCAACAUACCCACCUUCAGAGCCGACAAACCCAAUAGGUACUGCGACAUAUACACCUUCACCAUCCCCACCUUCACCAUCCCCCCCUUCACCUGGCUUCACCACACCAACGACACCUACCCACAAGCAACGCGGUGCUAGCAGGCUCGGCAGUGGGUAGCGCGUGCCCGUUUCGCCACGCGCACGCCGCCGGUCUUUUACCGUCGCGGUUCCCGCGCGGGCGCCGCGACCGUGACGCAGUGGGG